GACUGCUUUAAACUGAGUUCGCUUAACGGUGUAAACUAUUUGUAAGUCAAACUCUUAACGCGAUUUUUAAAUUAAACGUCAAACUUAAGUUACAUCUUUUGGUCAUUUAAUAUCUUUUUGUUUAAAAUAAUGUCUUUUUAAUGCUUUCUGUGCCGCGUAUAUGUAUUUUGUAAAUAUUGAUGCAUAAGCAUAAUCUAUAACUGAACUGUGUUGACACAUCAUCCAUCGCGCCGCUCGCUGUCACUUCCAUCGCCACCGCCAUCGCUGCCGUGGUAUUGUGUUGUCUACUUCACGAAGUUACGAAUAUUUUUGUUUGUUUACCUUUACAACAAUUACCAGCUCAAAAGAAAACACCUUUUGUGGUUAAAAUUUAAAAUUCAUAAGAAUACAAAAACAUGUCAAAAGUGACUAUGCUAGUGCUUAAAGUAUUGUUAACAAUUCUCGGAGUGUUAAUUGUAAGAAGUAAUUGUUUUGCUAUUGCACCGUCAACAUUGGGUGGGGCCGUUGCUCGAGCCGGAAAGAUCUCAAAUUCUUUAAAAGAAUCAACAGCAUGGAAAACAUUAACAGCACAUCCAAACUCAAUUGUCCAAAUGUUGCCGGCACGAGCAAUGGAUGUUGUUCAUGAAGUCGUUCGAUCUUUAAGAAAAGAAUCACAAAUAAUCGUCACAACGACACAGGGUAAACUUCGUGGUAGGUUCCAACGAUUUCGAUCUGGGGAACGUGGUGGUUACUUCAGCUUUAAGGGCAUUCGUUAUGGAUUGCCUCCAAUCGGAAAUGCACGUUUUCGAGCUGCAUUACCAGAGAAACCAUGGACUGGUAUUCGAGAUGCACUGCGCGAGGGAAACAGUUGCCCUCAUAAAAAUAUGAUUUUAGACACAUUCAAGGGUAACGAGGACUGUUUGUUCCUCAAUGUGUUCACUACAAAGCUUCCUAAAGGAGACAGCAAUCCAAAGCUUCCGGUAAUGGUCUGGCUUCAUGGCGGAGGAUUUUCUUUCGGUUCAGGAAAUACUUUCCUUUAUGGACCUGAUUUUCUGGUUGCUGAAGAUGUUAUAUUAGUCACUCUCAACUAUCGGUUAGGACCUUUAGGCUUUUUAGCCAAUGGUCCCGAUGCUCCUGGAAACUCUGGCUUGAAGGAUCAAGUUUUAGCUUUGAAAUGGGUUCGUGAUAAUAUCGAAGCUUUCGGUGGAGAUCCGAAUUUGGUCACAAUAUUUGGUGAGUCAGCUGGAGCAGCUUCAGUACAAUUCCUUUUGCUAUCACCCCUUGCCAACGGUCUUUUCCAUCGAGCGAUCUCUGAAAGUGGAUCGGCACUUAAUCCCUGGUCAAUGGCUUACAACACAUCCGAGCGAGCCUUACGAUUGGCUGAAGCUACUGGUUACACCGGUAGUGAAGAUGCGAAUGAAGUUCUUGCUCAUCUAAGAAAAGUUCCAGCUAUGAAACUUGUCGAGGCGGCACCACUUACACUCAACGACAAUGACUUUCGUAAUAACAUUGGUCUCCCUUUUGUGCCGAGUGUUGAAGGCUUCUGGAAUAGUCCCAGUAUUGAUGGCAAUAACGUAACUUUCUUGGAGGAACCGUUCUUCACAGAAAAUCCUGAUGAUCUAUACCACAGAGGUCGUUUCAAUAAUGUUCCCUAUAUGCUUGGCUACAAUACCCACGAAGCAAUGCUUUUCAUUCGAAGACUACGCAAAAAUCCCAACCUCUUGGAGAUCAUUGAUCGUGAUUUUGUGAGACUUGUGCCAAAAACUCUAAACGUAUCAAGUUUUUCCGAUGAAGCUCAACAAGUUUCCUCAGAAAUGAGAGAAUUCUAUUUGGGAUCUUUGGCAGUGGGUGCUGAAUCUAUUGAUCAAAUGAUAUAUCUCCUAACUGAUUUGAUGUUUUUGCAAGGAAUAGCCAAAUCAGCAAGAAGCCAUGCAAUGCAUGGAACAGCUCCUGUCUAUUUGUAUAGAUUUGCUUUCGAUGGUGCGCUGGGUUUGUACAAAAGAAUGUUGGGAAUAUCUCGUCCAGGAGUUUGUCACGGAGACGAAAUUGGUUACUUGUUCAAAUUUGGAUUCUUCAAUCUUAGUCUCGAUCCAUCGUCAAUUGAGAUUAUUGUGAAAAAUCGAAUGGUCAAAAUGUGGACGAAUUUCGCUAAAUAUGGUAAUCCUACACCUGCCGAUGCCAAUGACACUCUACUUCUUUCAACAUGGGAACCUAUCGACAAGGAAAAUGUCCUACAAGAUCUCAAAUACCUAGACAUAACUUCAACGCUUGAAAUGCGAUCCAAUCCCGAAUCGGAACGCCUCUCAUUCUGGGAUAAAAUGUACACGCACUAUAACGGUCAUGUUAUGUAAAUUAUAGAGUAGACAAAAAUAGCAAACUUUAUUUAAUUUUUCACUGCUAUUGCAUUGAAAUUCCUUCAUCCUACAUCACCUCUCUGCUGUUAGUAGAAUUAGAAUUAACAAAACAAACACAAAACAGCAAAAGCCAUUUUCUUUUUUAAAUAUUUAAAUUAAUAUAAUUUAAUUUUGUUUUAAUAAUAUAAUAAUUGUUAUAUCGUUAUACCUUAUAGAGAAGAGUUUAUCAAAACCACCAAAAAAUAAUUCAUUAUUUUGUUUUUAUCAUUUUGAAAAUAUUUUGUUUUAUCAUUUUAAGUUUUGUUUUAUAGCACUGUGUGUUUUUUAUUAUUUGUUGUUUUUUUUUAUUAUUUAAGUUUAAGAUAAGUUUAUUCGUUAAAUUCUUUUUAGUAUAAGCUUUUUAUCUGAUAUCCAAUAUUCUUCUUGUUAUUUUCUGUGUCCAUUUUAUAGAAAACAAAAAUUAAUUCCGUGUAUUUAAACCCAUAAAAUCAUAUAUGCGCUACAAAAAUACCAUAAAUCAGUCUCCAUUUUGUUUAACAUUACAUAAAUUUAAUGUAUUAUAAAUUUAAAUAAAUAAAUAUUAGUAAAAGAA